UGAUUGGUGAAAAUGUGAUUUGGAAGAUGCUGCCGAGCCUAUAAUGCGGUGUCUCGAUGUCUCGACACAAAAAGUUUCAAAGCUUCCUUCUAGUUUUCUACGGCGCUUCGGCUCCCAGUACAAUUUUGGCCUCUUCACGCAACAAUUAUCUUUUCCUCCUCCCAAAUCCCGAUAGCGGUACGUUCUAUACCCCCGAGUUGAAUAGUCCGCUAUGCCAUUGUCGUCAAAAGAUUUUCAUAGUACACGUAUCGCCACAUGCAAGGAACAGGACUAAGGACGCAGAGUGGCCUAUCACGACUUUCCAUCGCCACAUCCCCAGCCAACUCAGAACUUGGCACAACGCACUGCCCAUGUUCGUCGUAUCUAGAAGCCAAACCUAUAUAUACUAUGUCGUAGUAACAGUCGUAGUAGAAGGAAUCAUAGAUGCAUCAGUGCACAUAUGUGUCUUUUACCUGCAAUUCCAUCUAACCAAUCCGUGAUGGCGAGUGCCCUACCACAUUACCACCUUACCACCACUAAUUAUCACUAAUACCUAUGUGGCCUAUGUGGUGGGGGGUUCGCGCAAUUGCCUACACACAUAUCUACCUAGUAGGUUAGGCAGUUGGAAAUCCUUCGCUGAUUCGACGGUCAUGCGCAUCACGAUUCUCAUUGGGGGGUUAUCUUCACUCCUUCCUCGGAGACCGAUGUGUGUCUUAUGAGCAUGCAUCGUUCGCGAAAGAUGUACAAAGAUGGAAGAAGAUGUGCCCAUCCACAAACAUAGUCGGGCACUAAGAUGGAUGAACUGACUGACUGACUGACUGACUGACCUUGACCGCCACGCCCGCAUCGUCGGAGGCAUACAUACAUACAUGUAUGUACGACAACUCUAUCUAGUCUCUAUCUACAAACUAAGUAUGUACAUGCCUUGGUAGAUAUUACGCACAUCUGUCCCCGGGUUGCUCGAACAGGCUGCGCGACGCGCUAAAGCGACUUUUUUUUAAACAGGAAACUUCCAAGUUGCUGUAUCUCGUACUUACCGAUUCGAUGGUAUGCAUAUGUGCUACAUGUACAGUAUGUAGGUAGAGGUAAUGCAUGAACCUAACACGACAGCUCGAUAAAGCAAGGGGCAGGGCAGAA